AUGGAGAACGAAAACAUUCAAACUCGGUCGCGAGCGUUGACUCAGUCGCGCAUACCGACAAAAGGCCUCAAGGAGUUGAAUUCGGCAAAGACCAAUGCUCGAUCAGCCAUUCCGACGCUGGGUUCUGGCGCAAACCCUUCCCUUUCACGUAAGGACGAUAGCGCAUCAGCAAGGAGUACUACUGAGACAGGGCUUAUACUAACACAACUUGAAGCGACUCGUAUCAAAGCUCCCUCAUCACCAGAGCCGAAGAAGCCAGCACAUUUUACCCGCUCAGUCGCCACUGCACCCAAGACACACACCCGCGGUAACUCGUUCACAUCAUCCACGAUGAACAGAGCCAAUUCGACAAUCUCACGCAGUACUAAUCCCUCAUUUUCGGCCACCUCCGGAUAUGGCGCUCGCCCUGCGUCUGCAAUGUCCCGCCUUCACUCGACUAUUGGUAAUCGCAAGCUCAAUCCCACAUCGCUCCCCCGCUGUGCGACCUCAUUAAAUACACACCCAGAAGAUAGCGCCACAAGCGUCUUGGGAAAACGAAAGGGUAGGCCAUUUUCCCCAAUUCCUCGCGAUCAUUGUUGUUCCCCUCCCGUUGGAGCUCCCCCGAAACCGGAUCCGGAUAAACUGUGGCGUGAUGCUCGGCGCUUAACUCCUUCCCGGGGUACUGGUGAAAAGGAUUUCGAGAUCUCGAAAGACAGCUUCAGCCGAAGUCGAAACCCUUCUCUACUCCAAACCUCGUCCCCUGGGAGCGUCGAGAUGCCAGAACAUGCCAUCUUGCCAGUCGCAAGACUGUGUCAAGCCGCCAGGAUCCCUUUGGUCAGCCCACCAAAGCCCUGUCAGCCUCCAUUCAAAAUUCCGGAACGGACACCAAAAGUUCCAUCAAUGGCGUCGUUUCUCACGAAAGAUUCUUCCUAUUCAGUUUUUAACAAUUAUGUAGGAACCGAUUGGGACCAUGCAUCCAAGGAGAAAGCAAUGCAGGAUAUGAUGGAUACAGUCGUGUUGAAUAUGCAACAAGACCGGUCUGAAUCCUCUGUCCUCAAAGAUACUAUAGAAACUCUCAGGAGUCGAACGACCGAGCUCGAACGGUACCAGAAGGAACUAUUAGAAGCCAAUGUCGAUCUCCGUGUUGCGACUGAAUCAUUGAAGGGUCAAUUGAAUAACGCCGAAACCGUCUUGAAAAACGCACAACGAGAGCACGAAAUAACAAUGGAUGAUCUGGAUAGACGUCAACGCAUCGAGAUGGAAUCUAUCCGACAUCAGAGUCAGAAAGAACGAGAGGCACUGAUUGUUCAACAUGCUCGCGAAAUUCAAGAACAACGGCGAAAAUUCGAGGUCGAUAUUGAAGACGAGAAGUUCAAGCGGGUCCGAGAGCUUGACCAGCUCACAUCGCAGUCCACCAUAGACAUUCAGAGAUCACAGGUCGAACUAGAUAACAAAACCCGCGAGAUCGCUUCGCUUAAAGCCGAGAUAAACACCUUCAAGGUCGAGCUGGAUCGAGAAAGAAAGACUUUCCACGCCGUUCGCCAGAAUCUUGACACUGCCAACACCAACAGCGUGACUUUAGAAUCUAACAUCCGAGCCCUCAAGGCUCGCAUUGAGUUCCUUGAGGGUGGGCGGGAAGAACAGUCUCUAGCCUUCGAGCAAUGCAAUAGUCGGAUGAUGGAUGCGCUUGCCGAGACCGAGGUGACAAAGGAAAAGCUUCGCAAGGAAGAAACACUUCGUCGAAAGCUUCACAAUCAGGUGCAAGAGCUUAAGGGCAACAUCCGUGUUUUCUGUCGUGUUCGCCCAACUCUCAACAAUGAGCCUGCCUCUGUGAUCACCCCGAUGCAAUACCCUGACGCGUCUGAUGAUGCCAAGGAGAUCAAUGUCCUGGGUCCAGAGGAGAAGAGUAGUCUCGGUACUAUCUCCCGCAAGAAUAAUACCUUCUCCUUUGACCGUGUCUUUGGACCUUCGACCCAAAACGCCGAGGUCUUUGAUGAGAUCAGCCAGCUGGUUCAGAGUGCGCUCGAUGGCUACAACGUAUGCAUAUUCUGCUACGGCCAGACUGGCAGCGGUAAGACUCACACGAUGAGUUCACAAGAUGGUAUGAUUCCUCGCGCUGUCCAUCAAAUCUACGAGACUGCCCAAGGCCUGGAGGAGAAGGGUUGGCGGUACAAGAUGGAAGGCAAUUUCGUUGAAGUAUACAAUGAGAACCUGAACGAUCUUCUCGGUAACCCAGACGAGCUUGAUAAGUCAAAGCAUGAGAUCCGCCACGAUAUGCAGCGCGGAAAGACCUUCAUUACCGACAUCACUACUGUUACCCUGGAAUCGCCAGAGAUGGUCCAGUCUAUCCUCAGCCGUGCAGAUUCAAACCGCUCCGUUGCUGCCACCAAGGCUAACGAGCGCUCUUCCCGAUCACACUCCGUCUUCAUUCUCAAGCUGAUUGGCGAAAAUCACAUGACAGGAGAGCGUAGCGAGGGCACGCUCAAUCUGGUGGAUCUGGCAGGUAGUGAGCGCCUUAGUCACAGUCAAGCAACAGGGGAGCGUCUCAAAGAGACUCAAAACAUCAACCGUAGUCUCAGUUCCCUCGGCGAUGUGAUUUCUGCCCUUGGGCAAGGCAAGGAAGGUGGACACAUCCCCUACAGAAACAGCAAGCUAACCUACCUCCUCCAAUUCUCGCUCGGAGGUAACUCCAAAACGCUCAUGUUUGUCAUGGCCAGUCCGCUACAGGCUCACCUGUCGGAGACAUUGACAAGCUUGAAGUUCGCCACGAAAGUUCACAACACACACAUUGGCACUGCUAAGCGUCAAUCACGAGUCCGCGAUUGA